AUGUUUGUGAACGAGGUCCCGCGUGGAGCGUGGGAGGCGGGCGUGGAGCGGCAGGUCGACUCGGCGAAAGCACGUCAAUGUGCAGCGACAGGGCCGGGCUUCUCGGGUUGGAAUAUGGCUGGGGAGCAAGAUUCCAUGAAUCGCCGUUGGGAAUCGAUGGCUGCACCAGUCGCCGAGCAGGUGGAUGUGGAUGUGGAUGAGGACAGCAGCUGGGAGCCUGCGCGUCUUUCACUGUCGUGCCUGUGCCCAUCCUUUCUUAGCUCAGCGGGCAGGCUGGUAGGCUGGCAGGCAGAGGGAGGGCACCCAGCACCCAGCACCCAGCACGCGCCAGGGCCGGCACGGGCCACCGAGACCGCCGCUGCAGCCAAUCAUAGCGCCCAUACGGCCAGCCGCGCUAGCUCUUCCGAGCGAUUUCGUGUUUCGCAUCCGCUUUCCACCACCGCCCGGAGCCUGGCAACUCCAAAAAUUCACCGCGACCCCGAAUCACAGAUGCUUCCGUGGAUUAAACAUCAAGUUACCAUGUCUGCCAACGUCCGCAUUUGCAGCGAUUCCGAUAUGAAAUCGGCUCCCUCGGUGCAUCCGCCGCGGUCGCCAACUUUUACACAUUUCAAUUGA